ACCUGACCUUAGUCCAUCCAGAUCAAUAGGGAAGUGAGGGUGGAAAGAAGAAGAAGAGGAAGAAAUAAGGGGCGCAACCGGAUCGUUUACACUGGCUGUUCCUGAGGAAAUAUAGACUUCCCGUGCUUGCACCUUUUGUUGCUCACAUGCUCACACUGUAAAAGUGGAUAUCGAGGCAAUUCCAUUGCUUUGUGUGACUACCGCAGACUUUUCCCCCUUUUUCCUACCAACAUGUCUUUCCCUCAGCUGGGAUAUCAGUACAUCCGACCGAUAUACCCGCCGGAGCGCCAGGGGAUCGCCAGCAAUGCCCGAGCCGGGACAGAGCUCAGUCCGUCCGGCGCACUUUCCAACGUCCUCUCCACUAUGUAUGGAUCUCCUUUCGCAGCAGCAGCGCAGGGCUAUGGAGCCUUUCUACCUUAUUCAAACGAUAUAUCUAUUUUCAAUCAGCUGGGUGCUCAGUAUGAACUGAAGGACAGUCCCGGUGUCCAGCAUCCCGGCUUUGCCCACCAUCACCCUGCUUUUUAUCCAUACGGCCAAUAUCAAUUCGGUGACCCGUCCAGACCCAAAAACGCCACCAGGGAGAGCACCAGCACCCUGAAGGCCUGGCUCAGCGAGCAUCGUAAGAACCCCUACCCAACAAAGGGCGAGAAGAUAAUGUUGGCCAUUAUCACCAAAAUGACCCUAACCCAGGUGUCCACAUGGUUCGCCAAUGCCAGGAGGCGGCUAAAGAAGGAGAACAAGAUGACAUGGGCCCCACGGAACCGCACCGAUGAAGAGGGAAAUGUUUACACCAGUGAUCACGAGGGGGAGGAAGGGGAUAAGAGGGAGGACGAGGAGGAGAUCGACUUGGAGAACAUCGACACGGAAAAUAUUGAGAACAAGGACGACUUGGACGACCAGGACGACCUGCAUUCAGAUCUUAAACUAGACGGAAGGAGUGACUCUGAAAUUUCUGACGGCUAUGAGGAUUUACAAGGGCCAGAUCAGAGGUUUCUAAAGGCUGUGAGGAAAGAGGGCAAAGACACGCAGAGAGGAGGGGAGCACUUCCACAGCCACCACCUCCACUCUUCUUUGGACAUCAAAGCGGCCCAACCGAAUGGAGAACCGCUCAAACUGAACCCGGUGUCUGUUAGCUCGCCCCCCUCAGAGAACAACCCUGCCCCAGUCCAGAAGCCAAAGAUCUGGUCUUUGGCAGAGACAGCCACGGCCCCUGACAAUCCGCGCAAAUCGCCGCAAAUGAACGGCAGCAACUCGGCAGGAACAGCCGCUCAGACCAUCAUUGCCCCUCACAGACUCCUCUCUUCCUGUCCCGUUGGGAAAAUCCAGAACUGGACGAACCGGGCAUUUUCGGCUCACCAGUUGGCUUUACUGAACUCUAAUCAUUAUCUGGGACUGGCGAACCAGGCCACAGCCACCGGUCUGGCCCUCUACAGCAGCAGACAAACGGAGGACAAGAGUCAUAGUUCAGAGACUCCAGUCACAGGCCUCAGAACUAACUAGAAGCAGCGAUGGUUGUCUCGGCUCUCCCCCCCUCAUUCUCUUUUUUCCUCCUUUUAAUUUCAAGUCUAAUAUGGAAUGUAAAAUAAAAAUGAUACACCUCUGUAUAGCCUACUUACAUUGUAAGCAUGUCCUGUGUAAAACUGCUAAUGUAAUAAUGUAUGAACCUGUAGUCUGUGAGGUUUUUUUUUUCUCUCUCUCUCUUUAUUUUUUUGGUAAGUUCUGUGAGGAUUUGAUGUUAAAAUGUUUUGUAUAUAAAGUUAAGAAUAUGUACAUACUUGUGAACCAAAUUGUACAAGAAAGUUUAUAUUUUGGCUAAUAAAUGAACU